GGUGUAAAAAUAAUAAAUAGAAACGUUCCCCCAACCCCCUUUUUUUUUAUUAUUUGUGUACAUUCAAUAUUUUAAAGCAUGGCAUUCAUUCUUCAUGUCGCCAACUUACUUUUCACAAGUCAGUUAGUUAACUCUCAUGUACCUCAACCUUACAUGGACGAGAUAUUUCAUAUACCUCAGGCACAACAAUACUGCGGUGGCGACUAUUUGACGUGGGACCCUAAAUUAACUACCCCACCUGGACUGUAUUUAAUCAGUAAUGUGAUAGCAUACGUUGGAAGUCUAUUCCAUGUUGAUCUCUGUACUGUAAAUGCCUUACGUUUCACAAACAUACUAUUCUCAAUUGGAUUAUAUUUUGUGCUUGUUUCGUUGAUAUCCACAUUAUCCAACAAGACAACAUCAUCGUCAUGGCAAACCAGUCUAUACGCUUUGUCGUUGUCAUGGUUUCCGGUGAGCUUCUUUUUCAACUUUUUGUAUUAUACAGAUCCUGGAUCCACUUUCUUCGUACUGUCUUGUUAUCUCUUGGUGAAAAAGAAGCAUUAUUUUUUGGCUGGUAUCGCGGGUCUUAUCUCAUUGACGUUUCGUCAGACCAAUGUGAUCUGGGUCUGUUUGUUCAUGAUGGUUGUCAUUAUUGACACUCUAUCAGCCAUCCCAAAGAAGAAGGAGGAUGCGAAAGGGUUAUAUAAUCCUCGUUGCUCCACAAUCACUCAUCCAGCUCAAGUGAUGAAAAGCAUAACCAGUCUUUUGUUGAAUACGCUCCAGCACUUUAUGAUUGUGUUACCUAAUAUCGCUACAUUUCUUGUGGCGAUUAUCUCAUUUGCGGGGUUUCUUGUAUGGAAUGGUGGUAUUGUAUUAGGUGAUCGCUCAAACCAUAUGGCAGGACUCCAUUUCCCACAAUUAUUCUAUUAUACCUCAUUUCUCUCAUUUUUUGCAUCUCCAUGGACGCUUUCAAUGCAUGCCAUGGCUAACCUAUUACAGCUGAAUAUCAAAAGAACCUUGAUUGGUAUUGUCUCUGCUAUGGUCACACUUGCUUUAAUUCAUCGAUACACUUACGAGCACCCGUUCUUAUUAAGUGAUAAUCGACAUUACACUUUUUAUAUCUGGAAAAGGAUAUACAAGAGACACUGGACAGUGCGCUAUUUACUCACUCCUGUGUACUAUGUCAGCGGAAUCUUGAAUCUUUCAACUUUUGCACAACACACAAGCUUUUUGGUAUCGUUGGGAUAUUCGUUUGCGCUUGUUUUGACGUUGGUUCCUUCGCCUUUGCUUGAGUUCCGUUAUUUUAUUAUCCCUUUCUUGUUCUUUAUGGUACAUAUUCCACCUCCCACACAGAUAUCACGUACUUUGUUGGGAUUAGCAUUGUACCUUGUCAUUCAUGUAGUCACUAUCUAUCUCUUCCUAUACAAACCAUUUGCAUGGCCCAAUGAACCCAACGCCACGCAGAGAUUUAUGUGGUGAUAAAUAACGCAUCUUUUUUUAAAAAAAUACG